AUGGCCGCCGCACCAGACCCCAUCGCGUCUCCCCGCUAUCUGAGUUCGACUGAACAGGCCAUGCACUUGUUCAACGAUUUGCAGCAUAGCGUAGACGCACAUCAUCAGCUCAUGCAAGCGGUUGAGCGUAAGAGCCUCAAAGAGUAA